UGAACUUGAAGUUGAACUUGAAGUCGGCUCCGGCGGCGCCAAUUCAUCCUGAACCAGCAAAUCAGGACUGAGCUGGACUGCUGUUCAUAGAUAAUAUAUUCCAAGCUGGGCACUUCUUCCGUGUUUUUCAGAGGUUGGGGGCCACUAGUCCUCUAGUAACUCCUGCAUUGGCCCAGUGCCGUCUUCCCCGAAGCCAUGACGCUCACCCUCCGUGUUGCGGGCUGUCGCGCCCUCACCGCCCACAGCCUCUGCCACAUUGCCCCUUCCUGCUCAAACCUCCCUCUGCAAACUGCAUUUCCUGUCCUUUUUCCCCACUCUCCAAAACCCUCCACACCCACAGCAUUGCUCCCCUUAACCAGGCGGUUCUCCGGCAACCCCUUCCUCACCCGAGCUUCAGACGGCGAUGCCGCCGCAGUGUCGGUCGCCGACGCCCCCGCUGCGACAGACGCGAAGCCGGCAGCGACAGAGGCGAAGCCGGCACCGGCCGCUGAUGUCAGCCCGGUCGAGCUGCUAGACUUUCGGGUGGGGCGGGUUUUGAAGGCGUGGAAGCACCCGGAAGCCGACGGCUUGUAUGUGGAGGAGGUGGAUGUGGGGGAGGCGGAGGGGCCGAGGACGAUUGUGAGCGGGCUGGUGGGAUAUGUGCCGCUGGAAGAGAUGCAGGACCGCCCCGUUGUCGUAUUUGCAAACCUGAAGCCACGUAACAUGCGCGGAAUCAAGUCGAACGGGAUGCUCGUCGCUGCAUCCGACGCUGAGCAUACGGUGGUCGAGCUAGUAACGCCCCCCACAGACGCUCAGCCGGGAGAACGGAUCUGGUUUGGAGCCGAGGAGGAAUCGCAGCAGGCGGCAGCCGCGGGCGCUAACCAGGUCCAAAAGAAGAAGAUAUGGGAAGCAGUCCAGCCGAAGUUGAACACGUCGGACGAUUUGGAGGCCCGGUUUGAAGAGCGAGUCAUGCGGACGUCCGCGGGUCCCUGCACAGUCAAGUCCUUGAAGGGAGCCAGGCUCGCAUAAGAGCGUCGCACUAUUUGCACUCUCAAAUUUCGCCUGUGGACCGGGCUUCCUUAGUGAGUCCGUCAGAGAGAUCUAUGUACGAUGAAGAGCUCCUAGCAUGUGUGUACCACUUUCAGUAUCUAACGCCGCCGAGCUGCACUAUCGUUUCUGGCCAACAGACUCAUAUGGACGCUGCUACGCGUUUGGAGGUCUUCGCAUGCCAUGGAGUCGCAUAGGAGCUAGAGCUACCGAUUUGUAUAAUGUUCAGUGACCUUGUGGCCAUGAAUACUGAGCGUGACAAGUAAUGAAUGCUCGAUCGUACUUGCAGCUGAAAUAGAAAAUUAAGAACAUGAUCAUGAGCGCACGCGAUUGCUUGCUUUUGCUACUAGGCUAGCCGCGGAGGCCAGCCGCCCAGCAGACCUAGCCGCUUCGUGUGGUUGUCUUGGC